AUGCCUCAUGCAGCCUCCUACCUCUAUCCUGCACCAUCCCUCCUACCGCCUCCAACCUCCAUCCCUCAUCCCACCUCCAACCUCCAUCCCUCAUCCCACCUCUAUCACGCCUCCUACCUCCAUUCUGCACCAUGCAGCCUCCUACCUCUAUCCUGCACCAUCCCUCCUCCUGACUCCUACAUCCAUCCCUCCUACCGCCUCCAACCUCCAUCCCUCAUCCCACCUCUAUCCCGCCUCCUACCUCCAUCCUGCACCAUACCUCAUGCAGCCUCCUACCUCUAUCCUGCACCAUCCCUCCUACCGCCUCCAACCUCCAUCCCUCAUCCCACCUCUAUCCCGCCUCCUACCUCCAUCCUGCACCAUGCAGCCUCCUACCUCUAUCCUGCACCAUCCCUCCUCCUGACUCCUACCUCCAUCCCUCCUACCGCCUCCAACCUCCAUCCCUCAUCCCACCUCCAACCUCCAUCCCUCAUCCCACCUCUAUCCCGCCUCCUACCUCCAUCCUGCACCAUGCCUCAUGCAGCCUCCUACCUCUAUCCUGCACCAUCCCUCCUCCUACCUCCAUCCCGCACCAUCCCUCCUACCGCCUCCAACCUCCAUCUCGCACCAUCCCUCAUCCCACCCACAUCCCUCAUCCCACCUCCAUCCCUCAUCCUACCUCCAUCCCACCUCCUACCUCCAUCCCUCAUCCAACCUCCAUCCUGCACCAUGCCUCCUACCUCCAUCCCGCACCAUGCCUCCUACCUCAAUCCUGCACCAUCCCUCCUCCUACCUUCAUCCCUCCUCCUGACUCCUACCUCCAUCCGCCUCCUACCUCCAUCCCUCCUACCUCCAUCCCGCACCAUCCUUCCUCCUGACUCCUACCUCCAUCCCUCCUCCUGA